AUGGCUUCCAACGACUACUACCACGUCAACAAACCGCCCUCAGCAGCGUCUCCCUCGCCUGCCCCCUACUACGGCGGCGCCGCUUACAACAACAACCACAUCCCUUCCGCCAGUUCCACACCUGCGCCUCCAUACAGCUCAAUAUCGAACGCGCCCGGGGCCAGCCAACCGCCACCGCGCCAAAACACCGUAUCCCCUUUCGAAAGUGUCUUCGAUGAUCACGUCUACCCAGUAGACUCGACCCAGGACGGUUUCCGGCACAACGGCCACGGACAGAGCCUCCAGAGCAUGAACAACGUCAACGCCGCGCAACCCCAGCGCAUGAACACGAUGAGCACGGUAAAAACUGCCUACACUGGCCACGGCCAAACGCCGUACAACGCGCACGACAUGCGCCAACCCAAUCCCUACGCGCAGGAGGAUACCGCCUAUUACGGCCACUCGUCCGUCUCCCCCGAUUCCAGCAGACCGAACGUGGCCGACGACAUUCCUCUGCAGAGCCGGCAGCCGACACAGCCGCACAAGGACGUUGAAAUGAACGACAACGACCACGUCUACGACGCACCGCAGGGAUCUCGACGCUCCAAGAGUCAGCGCGACAAGAAGAAGGUUGGCUUUGGCCAGCUGGGCAUGUUUGGCGCCGACAGGAAGGGUAUUCCGUGGGUUGUUUACGUUUUCACCUUGGUCCAGGUUGCUGUCUUCAUCGCCGAGAUUGUCAAGAAUGCUCAACUGACGGGCUCUCCCAUCAUGACCAAGCCGUCUUUCAACCCCAUGAUCGGUCCCUCGACGUACGUAAUGAUCAACAUGGGUGCUCGAUACGUCGCCUGCAUGCACAACGUCAAGGGCAUCCAAGAUUUAGGACAACCCAUCACCUGGCCUUGCCCGAACUCGACCUCGAACGAUGCCAGCAACCCUUCGAACCAGUGCGGCUUGGGCGAUUUGUGCGGUUUUGGCGGCGUACCCGAGCCUACGUAUACCGACAUCAACCAGUCGCCGGAGCCCAACCAGUGGUUCCGGUUCAUCACGCCCAUUUUCUUGCACGCAGGUCUCAUCCACAUUGGAUUCAACCUGCUUUUGCAAAUGACGAUGGGAAAAGAAAUGGAGAUAGCUAUCGGCUCGAUUCGGUUCUUCUUGGUCUACGUCAGCGCCGGUAUCUUCGGUAACGUUAUGGGAGCAAACUACGCCGGCGUCAUGGCGGCAUCGACAGGUGCUUCAGGUGCCCUUUUCGGCGUCAUCGCCCUCACUCUGCUCGACCUAUUGUACUCGUGGAAGGACCGACGCAGCCCUGUCAAAGAUCUGAUGUUCAUCUUGUUGGACGUCGUCAUUUCCUUUGUGCUUGGACUUCUGCCAGGUUUGGACAACUUCGCCCAUAUUGGUGGCUUCUUGAUGGGUCUGGCGCUCGGCAUCUGCGUUCUGCAUUCUCCCAACUCCUUGAGACGGAGAAUGGGAUCCGAAGACCCGUCGUACGCAUCAAUGCAGCUCAACCCUAACCAAGGCCCGCCUCCGUUCUUGAAGAACCCAGUCGGGUUCUUCAAGGGCCGAAAGCCACUUUGGUGGGCUUGGUGGCUGGUCAGAGCUGGCUUUUUGCUGACCGUCAUCAUUGUUUUCAUCGUCUUGCUCAACAACUUUUACAUCUACCACAACACCUGCAGCUGGUGCAAGUACCUCAGUUGUAUUCCUGUCAAUAACUGGUGCGAGCUCGACAACUUUAAGAUUACGUCGUCUUGA